CCGUCAGAUGGUUCAUUGUUUGAAAUGUCAGUCGUUUAUCAACCUCAUUUGUAUUUUUGAGACCAUCUAUGUUUUAGAUUGAUGCUAUCGAUAACACAGUAGCAGUGCAACUUCCAUCUGCAACAUGCAACAGAUAUGGACAAAGACAUAUUUGCAAAUAUGAGCGAAUCAAGAAAUAAAGAAGAUUUUUUAAUUCCCACGGUCAGGGAGGUGCAGCAAAUGUUGGCCGAACUCUUAAGCCAUGGCGACGAUAUAACAUGGGACUUAUUGUCCGCCAAUCAGGAGACAAUUUUGAAAAGCAAAGUGAAUGAGUUAAAUGAAGUUUCUUCCGAAAGGACACCUGGGUAUCCUUUAAUGUUUUCUUCGAUUUGGGGCCAACGAAAGUUUACAAACGGCCAGUCGCUCACAGCUGCAUUUUUUGUGAUGAUAGUGGAUAAUGUCACCAAUCCAAAAUUGGCGGACCAAAGUAGAUCCUGGCAUCUAUAUCCGGUUUAUCGCUGUCGACGUUGCGUGGAAGACAAAAACAUUCAAGCCAGCAGCUUGAACUGUUGCAUGGUGUAUGUCACUCAGCACGCUACCUAUUCCAACUGGAAUGAAUUCCUCAAUCUGACAACUUUUGGUCCUGGUGUAAUGGUGACCCCGAAUCGUGGAGUCUACAAACUGAUCGAUGGCCAGGUUGAGCUUAAAACAUAUUUAAUCGAGGAACAGCCUGUUUACAGGAUGUGUUCCAAGUCUAGAAACCGAUCCAUAACGCCCGAAACCUUGGCAGUAGCCUCUAAAACUCAAGUAAUCCGUGAAAAUCAAAGACGUAGUCCAGCAAGUGUAUUUACAGCUAGGAUAGAAACUUCAGUACCAUUUUUGACAUGCGAACGAAUGCUAAAUUUGCUUUUGAAUCCUCAAGAUGUCCAGCAAUCUUGCGAUGCUAGUGAGCUGUCCACAUCUUUAAUUUUAUUUACUCACAGCGUUAACAACUUACGCCUAGCAUCGUCAAUGAUCAAUACAAAUAACUCUACCAAAAUCUUGGUUGAUCGACUCAAAUGCGUUUUCACCAAGAUAUCCGAGGAAUCAGCUCGAAAUGAGGGCAAUAUGGAUCUUAUACGUAGUGCCAAUACAGUGCCCACAAAAGAAGAGCUCAAUGAGCUUUUCAAUCCCAAAAAGAAAACACGACAAAACAAAACUAAGAAACCCACUGAUGAACCUAUGGAUUCACCAGAAAUAACCACUGUUAAUAUCAAAGGAGAAGAUAUUAAACUUGAAGACUAUGGCACCAUUAUUAAAAAACACAUUGUUUGCUCAGAAAGCUUUGAAAAUCUGAUAACCUGCAUGUCUGAAAACCUGGAACCCGAAAUGUUUAAACUGAUUCUACAGCUAAUGCAAACUUUUAUGGAAACCACCAGAAUGGAAUUAAUUAAGCUGCUAAAAUACUUUUUUUCCACGGAAAGUGUUCUUCAUCAGAUCAUUUUGUGUAUAAUGAAACAUCAAUCGAACUUGGACAUCAAUGAAGUUAAAGAGCAAUCGUCGGAAAUUUUAAGGCGUGUGCGAUAUUUCUAUGUCUCUUGCAGCCCAAAUUCUCGCCCCGAAUUUAUGAAGAAGUGCGAAAAAUGUGCCGGUUACUACGAUGUCUUUAAUAAGUAGUCAAAUUUGUGACCAUAU